AUGAAUAAAUCAAAAAUAAAUGUUGUUAUCGAAUACGAGUUCCGUCGUGGACUCACUGCAGCGCAGACAACUCGAAAUAUCAAGAACAUAUUUGGCGAGGAUGCAGUUAAAGAACAUAUAGUACGUCGAUAUUUUGAGAAGUUUCGUUCUGGCAAUUUUAAUCUUGAAAAUGAGUCACCUAGGCAAUUUGAGAGCAAGAUGAAUAAUAAGCUGAAAGCUGUAAUAAAAGCGGAUACAUCUCAAACUAAACAUGAAUUAGCAGCAAGAUUUGGCGUUACUAUUCCAACAAUAACAAAUCAUUUGAAACAAAUCGGCAUGGUACAGAAGCUGAAUAGAUGGGUUCCGCGUGAAUUAGACGAGCAGCAGAAGAGAAAUCGUCUCGAAGUUUGCCUUUCUUUACUGUCACGGCAAAAAGGCGAACCAUUUCUACAUCGUAUUAUUACGUAUAAUGAAAAAUCGAUUCUUCUUGACAAUCGCAAACGUACGGCACAAUUGGAUAAAGAUGAAGUGCCAAAACCAAAUAUUCAUCAACAAAAGCUAAUGGUGUCUGUUUGGUGGUCCAGUGAUGGGGUUAUCCACUACAAUUUCACAAAACCUGGUGAAUCGAUUACAGAGGAUAAUGCAUAUUGCAAACAAUUGGAUAAAAUGAUGAAGAAGCUUGCGAUUAAGCAGCCGAGAUUGACGAAUAGAGACAGACCGAUUUUAUUGCAAGAUAACGAUCAACCACGUAUCUCACAAACAGUGCUGCUCAAAUUGCAGCAGCUGGACUUAGAAAUCCUUUAUCACCCACCGUAUUCACCAGACCUUGCGCCAACUGAUUACCAUUUCUUUCGGAAAUUAGAUCACUUUCUGGAAGGACAAAGAUUUAAUUCUUACGAAGAUGCAGUAAACGUAUUUUCAAAAAUCGUUGACACAUGCUCUGCAGGCUUUUUUGCAGUCGGCAUAAACGAGCUACCGUUAAGAUGGCAAAACUGUAUCAAUAAAUUUGGCGCAUACUUUGAUUAA